GCCUGAGUGGUGUUAAGGUCUCUAUUUUGCACUGCAGAAAGCUUUUCCUGUUGUUUUAACGGAAGAUUCUGCCCUGAGUGGCAGGGGUAGACAUGUGGAAGAGCAGCUGGCUAAGAAUACAGGGGUGGUAGAACUCACACUUUGAGAUGUCAGCCUGAGAUCAGUGUGCAGAAAGAAAGCCAGGCUGCUUUCCACCGGCAAUCCAGCCUUAAGCUGAGCAAACUCAGGAGGAGAGGGGAGCAGAGGCAGGAGAGUCAAAGUAGCUGAGAUUGUAAAUUCCUGACUUGGCAAUAUGGAUGGAGGGAGAAAAUGGACUAGGCAAAGGUCCUGGAUGCUGAGGCCUUGUCCUACUUUCUAACCAGAAAGCCUCUCGGGAGAUCCUAUCUGAACCUCGCUGGUUGCCUUUGUCCCCUGCCACCCCCAGAUCCUGACUCCAGGGGCCCAGGAUGCAGGCCCUCAUACUGCUCCUCUGGACUGGAGCCUUCCUCGGGCAUGGCAGCUCCCAGAACACCGGCGGGAGUCUGGAGGAGGGCUCCCCAGCCCCUGACACCACAGGGAUACCAGUGGAAGAGGAGGAUCCCUUCUUCAAGGUCCCCGUGAACAAGCUGGCAGGGGCCAUCUCCAACUUUGGCUAUGACCUUUACCGUGUGAGAUCCAGCAUGAGCCCUGCUGCCAACGUGCUCAUGUCUCCGCUCAGCGUGGCCACGGCACUCUCUGCCCUGUCACUGGGAGCGGGACAGCGAACAGAGUCCACCAUCCACCGGGCUCUCUACUACGACCUAAUCAACAACGCAAACAUCCACAGCACCUACAAGGAACUCCUUGCCACCGUCACGGCCCCACAGAAGAACCUCGACAGUGCUUUCCGGAUCAUGUUCGAGAGGAAGCUGCGGAUAAAAACGAGCUUUGUUUCGCCACUGGAAAAGUCAUAUGGGACCAGGCCCCGAUUCCUGACUGGCAACCCUCACGUGGACCUCCGGGAGAUUAAUAACUGGGUGCAGGCCCAGACGAAAGGGAAGAUUGCUAGCUCCACAAGGGAAAUGCCCAAUGGAAUCAGCAUUCUCCUUCUUGGUGUGGCUUACUUCAAGGGGCAGUGGGUAACCAAGUUUGAUACCAGAAAGACCUCCCUCGCAGAUUUCCAUCUGGAUGAAGAGAGGACCGUGAGAGUCCCCAUGAUGUCAGAUCCUAAGGCUGUUUUACGCUAUGGUUUGGAUUCUGACCUCAACUGUAAGAUUGCCCAGCUGCCCUUGACUGGAAGCAUGAGUAUCAUCUUCUUCCUGCCCCAGAAACCAACCCAGAAUUUGACCAUGAUAGAAGAGAGCCUCACCUCUGAGUUCGUUCAUGAUAUAGACCGAGAACUGAAGACUGUCCAAGCAGUUCUGACCAUCCCUAAGCUGAAGCUGAGUUAUGAAGGCGAAGUCACCAAGUCCCUGCAGGAGAUGACGCUCCAGUCCUUGUUUGAUUCACCAGACUUUAGCAAGAUCACAGGCAAGCCCAUCAAACUUACUCAAGUGGAACACCGGGCUGGCUUCGAGUGGAAUGAGGAUGGGGCAGGAACCGCCCCCAGCCCUGGGGGCCAGCCUGCCCGCCUCACCUUUCCCCUGGACUAUCAUCUUAACCAACCUUUCAUCUUUGUACUGAGGGACACAGACACAGGGGCCCUUCUCUUCAUAGGCAAAAUUCUGGACCCCAGGGGCACCUAAUGCUCCAGUUUAAUGUUCAAAUACCCUGGGAGAAGAAAGCCCAGGGGGACGGCAGGUUAUACAUUACAUGAAGGCUGCCCCUAUACUGUUUCAGUGUAUACUUUGCAAUAAAAGAGAUUUAGCUUUAACUUUUGUUA